UUUUUUUUAUUAUUAUUUUAUUAAAAAUACAAGAUGGAUUAUUCAAAUUCAAACUCUGGAGGUUAUAUGAAUUCUUCAUAUAAUGAUUCAAAUAACAAUGAUGGUGCUUAUGCUAGAAAACCAAUGGGAGAUCAGACGUUAAGACCUGUGACAAUAAAGCAAAUCAAAACUUGUACGAUGCCUCAAGAAGGAGUAUUUAGAAUUGAUAAUGCAGAUGCUAGCCAGAUUACUUUUGUUGGUGUUAUUCGUAACAUUCAAGAAUUAGCAACAAACUAUGUGUAUACUAUUGAAGAUGGAACUGGAGCUAUUGAAGUUAGAAAAUGGAUUGAACAACAAGAAUCACCGGAAGAAGCUGAUGCUCGUCGAGAAUUAACAAUCGAUACAUAUGUACGUGUAAACGGUAGAUUAAAUUCAUUUAGUGGACGUAUAUCAAUUGUCGGUUAUUCUAUUCGCCCUGUAACUGAUUUUAACGAAAUUACGUAUCAUUUACUUGAUACUAUUCAUACACAUCUUGUAUUUACAAAAACUGGUUCUGAUAAUACAAUGAAUGUUGAUCCCAUUAUGAAGCCCUUAACUAUUCAAGAUCAUGUUAAUGACGCUAUUAAAAUGUUCGAUAAUAAUCCUGAUGGAGCCACAAUUGAACAAAUUUGCAGUAAAUUAAAAAAUUUAUAUACAGAAACUCAAAUUAGGGAAACAAUUGACAUUUUACAAAGUGAAGGACAAUGCUAUAAUACUAUUGAUGAUAACCAUAUUAAAUCUUGUCUUCCUUAAAAAAAAAAUUCUCUUAACAUGCAGAUAUGUAUAUAUUCAUAUAUAUUAAACACAAAUAAAUUUGACAGAAGAAUAUGUAAUUUCUCUUUUUGUCUUUUAUUUUAUUUUUAUAUAAAAAA